UUCCCACAAAAGAGCUGCUCCUCCCGACCUCUCGGUCCCUGGCGUUUCGAACGUUCCAAUCCCCCGCCCGGCCGGCCAUGCCCCUCCCCGGCGGCAACGGCGAGCCCCCUCCCCUUCCCUCUUCUCAUCCACCGCCGCUCCCCUCGCUCAUCAAGCUUGGUCGCGCCAUCACCGCUCGCCACGUCGACCGCCUCCUGGCCGUGCUCCUCCGUCGCCGGAGGCACCGCCUCCUCGCCGCGCUGGCCUCCCAGGCGCUCGCCAACGCCGUCGCCCCCACCCCGCGCACGCACCUCCUCGCCGCCUCCGCGCUUCUCGACUCCGAGCGCCCGCACGAAGCGGCCCAGCGCCUCGCUCUCGCCUCAUGCAUUGCUAGCCGUGGCCGCCGCCUCUGGGACGCGCUGCUCCGACGGGCCUGCGCGGGGCGAGGAGACCCGCGCCACGCGCUGGAGCUGCUCUCCGCUGCCGUCGAGGACCAAGGCGCGGUGCUGUCCCCGUCCACGUACCGCGUGAUGGUGGUGGGGCUGUGUGCCCGCGGAGAGGUGGACGGCGCGCUCAGGGUGUUUGACGUAAUGACCAGGAGGGGGUGUCAGGUGGACGAUCGCAUUUGCAGCUCUAUCGUUUCUGGGUUCUCCAGAAUUGGGAAGGCUGGAGCAGGGCUGGAUUUCUACAAGAGAGUGAGGCGUGAUUUCAGUGGCUUUGAGCCGGGCCUGGUGACAUUGACGUCAGUCGUUCAUUCUCUUGGGUUGGAGGGGAGCAUCGGUGAGAUGGCAGAGCUAAUGCGAGAGAUGGAGUGUAAGGGCAUGGACGCUGAUGCUGUGUUUUAUGGCAGCAUGGUUCAUGGAUACAUGAGUUGUGGGUUCUUGAUGGAGGGUCUACGGGGGCAUCAAUCCAUGUUAGAUAAGGGAAUCACAGCCGAUGUAGUUAACUACACUACUGUUAUUGAUGGACUGUGCAGAGAAGGUUGUGUGGAGAAAGUAAUGGGCUUCUUGGAUGCAAUGGAGCGACGUGAUGCUAAGCCAAAUUUGAUUACUUAUACAUCACUGGUCGGUGGCUUCUGUAAGAGAGGCAGGUUAGAAGAUGCCUUCUCUAUUGUGAGGAAACUGGAACGAACUGGCGUGGUGGUGGACGAAUAUGUAUAUUCAAUUUUGAUAGACAGCUUGUGCAAGAUGGGAGAUUUACCUAGGGCUUUCUCUUUGCUCACAGAGAUGGAAAAUAAGGGAAUCAAGGCUGGCAUUGUAACGUAUAACGCAAUUAUAAAUGGUUUGUGUAAAGCUGGUGACACUGAAAAGGCUGUUGAAAUCUCUGAAGGUGUUGCUGCUGAUAACUUCACAUAUAGUACACUGUUACUUGGUUACAUUAGCAGAGAUGAUGUUACCGGUGUUAUGACGAUAAAGGGCAGGCUUGAGAAUAGUGGUAUCUCUAUGGAUGUUGUCACAUGCAAUGUUCUCAUCAAAGCAUUAUUUAUGGUUAACAAGGUGGAUGAUGCCUGGAGUUUGUUUCACAAAAUGCCUGAGAUGGGCUUAAGGCCUAAUACUAUCACCUACAAUACAAUGAUACAUGCUUUGUGUAAAGUUGACAAAAUUGACAAGGCACUGGAGCUGUUUGAAGAAUAUAAGAAAGAUUCAUCAUUCUCCAGUUCAGUGGUUCAUGACUGCCUGAUUAAAGCACUGUGUAAUCAAGGGAAAGUUGAAAUGGCUGGCCAAAUAUUUUAUGAUCUUGCUCAGAAAAAAUUAAGUCCCAGUUUCUGUAACUGCAAGAAGUUGAUUCAUGCAAACUUCAAAGAACUCGGCGAACACGGUGUGCUGGAUUUCAUUUGUAAGGUUGGCGAAUUAGAUGUUGACUUAUUUUCAUCUGUUUGCAAUUAUGCUUCUACUUUCUUAAGCAACAGGAAUUGUUGUCAAGCAGCAAUGGAUGCUUACAAGUUACUCAGAAUGCAAGCCAUUUCUGUAACUAGUAAAACAUGCUACAGGCUGCUCCAGAGCUUACAUCGAAAUGGAAGUGAAGAGGUCAUACAACCAUUGUUAUGUGAGUUCAUUAAAAUUCAUGGUAUGUGUGAACCUAGAAUGAUCAAUAUGCUGUCUUGUCAUCUCAGCAAGAAAAGUGUUAGUGAAGCUAUUUGGUUUUCUAAUUACAUGGACACUGUUAAUGUUCCUAUCAGUGUUCUGAGAGGAGCUGUCUAUACUCUAAAGAAGCAAGGUGAAGUUCUGGAUGCGUGUACAUUUUUGAAGGAAGCUAAACAAAGUGGGUUUUCAGUAGAUCUAGCCAUGUAUUCCAUAGUAGUAGAUGGCCUUUGUAAGGGUGGAUAUCUCGAAAAAGCACUAGACCUUUGUGAAAGCAUGAAAAAAGAGGGGCUUCAUCCAAACAUUGUCAUCCAUAACUCAGUUCUCAAUGGUUUGUGCCAGCAAGGAUGUUUUACUGAAGCAUUCAGGCUCUUUGACUACUUAGAAAACAGCAAGAUGCUUCCAACAAUGAUCACUUAUGCCAUCCUUAUCGGUGCUUUGUGCAGAGAAGGUUUGUUGGAUGAUGCAGACCAAUUGUUUGAUAAAAUGUCCACCAAGGGUAUCAGACCCACGACCCGUGUUUACAACUUGCUGAUAAGUGGUUAUUGUAACUUUGGAUUAACUGAAAAGGCACUUGAGCUUAUGUCUCACUUGGAGGAACUCUUUCUACUCCCAGAUUCUUUUACACUAGGUGCAAUUAUUAGUGGACUUUGCCUGAAAGGUGAUACUGAAGCUGCAUUAUGCUUCUUUAAUGAAUACCGUUAUAAGGACAUUGAACCUGAUUUUGUUGGUUUUAUGAGCCUUGUCAAAGGACUCUAUGCAAAAGGAAGGAUGGAAGAAUCCAGGGGCAUCUUGAGGGAAAUGUUUCAGUGCAAAGAAGUCGUGGAGUUAAUAAACAGUGUUGGAGAUAAGAUUCAAGCGGAGUCUCUUGUUGAUCUCCUAUCUUCUGCAUGUGAUCAAGGGAGGAUAGAUGAGAUUCUUACUAUCCUAAAUGAAGUGGGACACAUGCUUUUAUCCUCUUCAGAUUCUAGCAGCUACAAUGCGCUUGCGCACCUCAAGAAGCUACAAAAAGCUGACGAUGCUUAUGAUUCCAUUUCAGAUUCAGGACAAGUAAGUCUCGUAGCUUAUGAUGUUUCUAGGAAUAGUUGUCAUGAGAACUCUGAGGCGAUAGAUGGAGACGAUAGUUUAUCAAAAGCAAGUAAUGAUACUGAUAUUGACUACCGAAAUUUGCUUGGGAAGUCUUUCAGUGAUGAUUUCGACUCAUAUUAUACUGCUAUUGCUUCGCUUUGCUCGAAAGGGGAGGUUCUUAAGGCCGACAAGGCAGUUGAAGUGAUGAUUCAGAAUUCUGGUUAAAUUUGGCCAACUUGUUAAGGAAAAUUUUCUGCCCACAGUAUCUUCAUCUGCAACACAUGUAAACUUAAACAGACACCAAAUUGAAACAGAACUCUGACUUUGCACAGGUUCCAUCGGUUGAGAGAGUAUGCUGGUUGACCCAUGGUACCCCAUCCAUGUGCUUGUGAACAUAUAUGAUUGUUCAAUAUGGUUCAAGAUUCGGAAGAUCCUUGAGGCUGAGGAUAUAUCUUGUUGGAUUCAACCAGUUUGCUACCCUCAGUUUGAUCUCUUUUGUCUUUUAGGAAAAGGGAAAAGAGAAAGCCCAUACAGCAGUAGGAUCUGCAGUGACAAACGUCAAAGUUAACACAGCUGGAGCUAGAAGAACUCUUGAAGAAAUAGAUGGAUGUAUACCCUGAGUUCAUUGAGUUGGGAUUUGGGAGUCAAAACAUGGAACUAUGUUUGGCAAGCAUCAUAGCUGUGUCAUGUAAAGAAUACAAUAGAAGAGAGGAAGCAGAGUUUACUUUGACAAAGCAGUCAUGGAAAUGCAGUCUGACCAAGGAUGCUGCCAUCCUGGUCUCCUUGGCCACAGCCUGUGCCACAAUGGACUGUACGAUCUCCUUCGCCUUGGGGCAUGAAUGGUCGUAGAACUGUGGGAACAAGCCGCCCCAUGGGUGGCUGCGGACGGCAUUGGCAAAGAGGAGGGGAGAAACAAGGCAGAGCAAGACGAGGCAACCCAUGGAGUUUGCCAUGUAAGUAAGUAACCUCUGCUGCACUACGUUACAAGAGAAGAGAGUGUUCCUACUUGCGUGUUUCUUCUUCUCUUGUGGAUGAUUAGAUGAGGUGGGCAUAUGGUGGUAUAUAUAGCUGCAGGAAGUGGGUGUAGUGCAUGUAAGGAAAGGAGGGUGGUUUGGAACAGGGGACGGUGGGAUCAGAUGAAGCAGGCAGCUGGGUUGUUAGGGCAAUGCGUAUAGAAUAAGCGAGCUAGCCAGACACUGUAGCAACCGGUACAGUAAUUCCAUCAAGUUAUAAGUGGUCUCUAACGUCCUUAGUUGCUGUUCGGUGUUUCAGUUUUAGCUGAAAGCAACAUGGAGAUUAAACCUUUUGUCCUAGGCAAGGGUAGGUGGACUGAAAACAACAUCUGCCACUUAUUAAAUGGCAAGCAUUCUGCAAUUUUCUCGAAGGACUGGAGUAGUGCGUUAAACUAAAAUGAAGAGUCUGAUUAAUUGAUGAUAUGCAUUCUGCAACUCAAUCUUUUAAACAAAACUACAUGUACAGUACAAUGAUGCAAUUUUAUUGUGAAUUCCGAACAGUGUCCUCUCCCGGAUCUGUGAGUGUUCCAGGACUGACUUUAAACUACCACAAUAUGACAGGUGUAGCUUUACAGUAGAUCAAACAUUGCUCUAACUUUAUCCUAGUUGUAUUAACAAGUAUUAGUCGUAAUGUAUUCAUCGAACCAUAUUUAACCUUGGACAACACAUGACAAUAUAGCACAGACUGUGUGAACUCAAGUAACCGAAGUACAGAAAGCUUAGCGGAAAGUGAGGUUUUGCUUCCCAGAUAAUCCAACUACUUUUGUUAUAUGUAAGUGUUGUUACAGGUCGGAUGGUAUUUUUAUUAAUGAAUACCACAUGCACGGUUAUCCCCAGGAAGGGUUGGUUGGCGAUCAUCAAACAUGGAUACGUAUCCCUGUCUUUGGGGACAAAAAUAUCCCUGUCUUUGGGGACAAAGUAUCCCUGUCUUUGGGGACAAAAGUAUGAUGCUACAGCUGCAUGCCUUUUUUCGCACUAGCUUCGUAGCAAGAGGGGACUGGCUGGCUGAUUUCCCAGCGAACACAUGCGUGGCGAUCAGGGUCAAACGCGAUGUGUGAUGUACCAACUCCGAGUACACGGUACAUGAUGAUUCGCGUUAGGUGCUUGCAUGUCCUACAUUCUUGUCACAAGCAGGUUCCUGGAAGGACUUGAGACUGCUGGAAAGCUUCCACACUGGUAGCGGUAGAGAAGCUUUGUUCUUCUGAGCAGCACGUAUCCUUGGCCGUUCCUUGAAGGAAAGAAACAUCAGCAUUGGUUGCUACUGUCAGAUAUUUCAAAGGCACUACAAAGUAAAAAUAAAAGGUUCGUGUGGAAAAUAAGGAGAAAAAUCAGAAGAGUAUUUGCUACUCAUCGAUGUCAUGCGCUAACAUAAAUACAGUACAUAAUUAGCACUGGAAGUAGUAAUGUAGAGAAAAUUCAUGAAGAAAGUGAACUAGUGCUUUGUAACAAUGAUUUGGCUCUUUAUUUCGCGCGAAACACAUAUUAAGCAUACUGAUUGCUCAUUAUCAUUUA